AUGUUUCACCCUCUCUUUCUCGAUGGACGUCUUUCGUGGAGUUGGACUGGAGUCGAUGCGGGUAAACGCCGGCCAGCCGCCAGCGGACGAUUGCCGUCUUGCGCAAAUGUCAGCCAUCCCGCACCUCCAGAACCUGGCCCGGCGUCGCUAGCCCGCUCCACUGGCGGCUCUUUCGAGCUAGAGGCUAGAGCUCUCAAACCUCCCCGGCCCCGCAUGGAGCUAAAGACGGGGGCGUCGCACCCCGCACGAUGCAACUUUGGAGCUGUCACGCUUCCGACAAGCUCCGUUGGUCUCCGUAUUUCGGAACCGGUUCCUCUGACACGCCAACCAGUUUUUUUUGUGCUGGAUACUCGUCGGCGGUCGACGUCUCCAUGGCCAUGGAGCCCAUGGAUGAUGGAUAUGCUACCCCGGCCUCCAUCUCUCGGGCACCAACGAGGUGCCGCCAGAUGCAAGAUCAUCUAG